AUGGCCGAAGACAAAACAAAGGUUGUGGUUUCGGCUCUAGUCCUAGAAUUCUCUGGACACGACGAAGUUACUCUCGACCUCUCCACCCCCGAUUCGCUCAAGAAGCUCUCAGAGAAUCCAGUCCAGAUCAAGGAGGGUGUUCUCUACUCGAUGAAAUUCGUAUUUCGGGUGCAUGACAAAGUCGUAACCGCUCUCAGAUAUCUAGAGGAGACAAAGCGCCAGGGUAUUCUAAUCGACAGGAGCGACAGUUUUAUGGGAUCUUACGCCCCUAAUAUAGAAGGGCAGCCCGAUUUUGAGGUAACAUUUGAGGAUCAAGAAGCUCCUACUGGCGCGAGGGCUUGUGGGAGAUAUGACGUGACGUCUAAAUUCGUGGAUGAGGAAGGAAACAAUCACCACAAGUUUCAGUGGGCGUACGAAAUUACGAACGACUGGUGA